AUGAUCGACCACGUCGGGGUCCCUAAAUCCGAAAUCGCCAAAUGGGUCGGCAUCACCAGCGCGGUGACCUCUUUCUCACAGGCCCUGAUGGCCGUCACCUGGGGCACCCUCUCCGACACUCUCGGCCGCAAGCCCAUCAUCCUGGUCGGACUCACCUGCACCAUGGUCUUCUCGCUUCUCUUCGGCUUCUCCUCGUCCCUCUCCAUGCUGGUCGUCUCCCGCGCCCUGCUGGGUCUCAUGAACGGCAACGUGGGCAUCAUCCGCACCAUGGUCGCGGAAAUGGUUCCUCAGAAGGAACUCCAGCCCCGCGCGUUUAGUAUCAUGCCGCUGGUGUGGACGAUCGGGAGUAUUUUUGGUCCGGCGUUUGGAGGCGCGCUGGCAAGGCCUGCAGAGAAGCAUCCGGGGUUGUUUGGGGGGUCGGAGUUUUUGAGAAAUUGGCCGUUUGCGUUGCCGAAUAUUGCUGCCGCGGCGUUUUUUGUCGUGGGGAUUGCCACGGGAUGGUUGUUUUUGCAUGAAACGCUGGCGGCGAAGAAACAUCAACGUGACUAUGGGUUGGUUGUUGGAGAGGCAUUGACUAGCUCGUGUACUUCUUCUCGGAAGAAGAAGUCAGAGUCUCAUGCAUCGGAUGCAGAACGAGAAGCAUUGCUUCCUCAGUCGACUACUACUCGUCCAGCAACAGCAGCAGCAAAGAAAGCCAAACCAACCUGGGCCGAGAUCUUCACUCCGCAAUCGCGACUCGUCCUGCUCGCUUACGCUCUCAUGUCCAUGCACGCCAUGGCCUUUGACUCCGUCCUGCCUGUAUUCCUUCACAGCCCGGUGCAGCAAUACGAUGGUAAUCCCGACAUGAAACUGCCCUUUAAAUUCACUGGUGGAUUUGGCAUCGACUCCCAAACCAUCGGCAUCUACUACACCCUAAUCGGCAUUCUCGGCAUGUUCAUCCAAUUCCUGAUCUUCCCAUGGGCCGCCCACCGCUUCGGCGUUCUCAACUGCCUGAAAGCCGUGGUCAGCGUCUUCCCGGUCAUUUACAUGCUCACGCCAUUCACGGUGCUCCUUCCGGUGCCGUGGCUGCGCAAUGUGGCCAUUUUCCUGCUCAUGUUUGGGAAGUUGGCUGCUUCGAUUUUCGGGUUCCCGUGCACGACGAUUCUGUUGACGAACUCGGCGAGUAGUAUGAGUGUUCUGGGGACGUUGAAUGGGGUUGGUACGAGUGUGAGUGCUGUGGGGAGGGCGGUGGGACCUGCGGUGAUUGGGGGGGCGUAUUCGUGGGGAGUGAAGAGGGGUUGGGGGAUUUUGCCGUGGUGGGUGUGUGGGGUGUUUGGGAUGUUGAGUGCGGUGCCGGUGGGGUGGAUUGGGGAGGAGAAUGCGUUGCAGGGGGAUGAUGUAGAGGAAGUUGAUGGUGAAGGGGGAGAGAGAGAGGAAGAGAGGGAGGAAGGAGGGUAUGGAGCUAUUGGGAGGAGGUAA